ACGAGAGCUGCUGGGACCAGCCCACCAGAGUUCCUGGGACCAGGCCGCGUAGCACUCAGCAUAAAAAUACAUUUCGCUGCGACCCCAAACCACAAAACUCCAUAAACACCACCACACUCCACAAAACUCCACCCGCGGGACUCCUGCGGCCGCUCCCGGGCGUCGCCUCCGCCGCCGCGGGCGCCGCGCCGGCGGCCGCGCGUCGAUCAUGUACGACCACCUGUUCAAGGUCCUCCUCAUCGGGGACGCCGGCGUCGGCAAGAGCUCCCUGCUCCUGCGGUUCACCGAGGACACCUUCGACGAGCACCUCGGGUCGACGAUCGGCGUCGACUUCAAGGUGAAGAUGGUCGCGGCGGACGGCGGCAAGACGAUCAAGCUCACGCUCUGGGACACGGCGGGCGCGGCCCGGCGCCGGCCGCGCGCGCUCCGCGCGCGCGCGCUCCCGCGGCGGCGCGCGGGGGGGGGGCGACGCGCGCCGGCCCGCAGGCCAGGAGCGGUUCCGGACGCUGACGUCGUCGUACUACCGCGGCGCGCAGGGGAUCAUCCUCGUCUACGACGUCACGC